AUGUCUACAGUCAUUCACCUCAGAGCCGAAACCAAGCCGUUCGAGCGUCGUUCGCCGAUGUCGCCCGAAACAGCCAAGGCUCUCAUCCAAGCUGGCUAUGUUAUCCGCGUCGAACGAUCUCGCGAACGUAUAUAUAAUGACGAUGAGUUUGAAGGCAUUGGUGCAGAAAUGGUACCUGCUGGGUCAUGGCUGAAUGCGCCACGACAAGACAUCAUCCUAGGUCUUAAGGAGCUGCCCGAUGAUGAUAUCCCUCUACCACAUACAUAUAUUCAUUUCCAACAUAAUUUCAAGAAACAACUUGGCUGGGCGCGCUCGCUCUCACGUUUUGCGCGAGGUGGUGGUACCUUAUAUGAUCUUGAGUUUCUGACCGAUCAGAAUGGACGUCGGGUGGCGGCUUUUGGCUAUUGGGCGGGAUAUUCUGGCGCUGCUAUAGCUCUAUUGUCCUGGGCCCAUCAAGUCCUAAAUCCAGGAGUCACUCAAGGUCCAGUACCGGUUUUCGAUAAUGUUUCGGUUCUGGUUCAACAUAUCAAAUCUGCGAUCGAACCCGCAAUCCGUAUCAAUGGCGGUCAAUCUCCCCGCAUCAUGGUUAUCGGGGCACUUGGACGAUGUGGCAAAGGGGCUGUUGACUUUUGCCUAGCGGCUGGGCUUGGUCAAGAUGCAAUCCUCCAGUGGGACAUGGCUGAGACUUCUCGAGGUGGCCCGUUUGCGGAGAUUGCUGCGGUUGAUAUAUUCAUCAAUUGUGUCUAUCUCGGACCUACCCCCACCCCUCCUUUUGUCACCUUCGAAUCUCUUUCUACACAAGCAAGACGGCUACGGGUCAUUUGCGACAUAAGUUGUGACCCUAAUAGCGAAAAUAAUCCUAUCCCUGUGUACUCUGGCUGGAGCUCUUUCGACAAACCUACUAUUCCCUCUUCUAAACCUCUAGAUGGCCCCGAACUCAGAAUUAUUGCCAUCGACCACCUUCCAACGUUAUUACCUCGGGAGUCCAGCAACGAAUACUCUGCUUUGCUGUUACCAAGCUUAUUGUCCUUGGCACGCCGGGAACACGAGGGCGUUUGGAGGAGAGCGGAGCAAGUAUACAAAGACAGGAUAAGGGACCUGCCACAAUCCGAGCAGAAUUAG